UCAUUGAAGUAUGAACAAGUUCAUGGGAUUCUUUCUACUACUCGUCUUAUAUAUGGCUAGAUGCCUGGCGGGACCGGUUGAAAUUGAACGAGUGGAGGAUGAUCCUGAAUUAACCAGUGGUUUCUACGAAGGUGAUAUGGAAGUAGAUUUCACACGUAAUGGUGCUGUGGAUACUGCAAAAAGAUGGCCUAAUGGAGUGGUGCGCUUUAAAAUUCAGCCAGGGUUUGAUGUCAACCACACAUUAUAUAUCCUGCAAGGCAUGAAAACUAUAGAAUCUGUCAGCUGUAUACGUUUUCGUCAUGCCACAGCUACCACAAAGGCCUUUGUCAGAAUUAAUGGCAAUACAAACGGCUGUAGUGCCAGGGUCGGUUAUACUGGAGCAGAGCAAAAUUUAAAUUUACGUAUUGGUCCUCUGGACAAGGGUUGCUUUAGAAAAGGCAGUAUUAUGCACGAAUUGUUACAUUCUCUGGGGUUUUAUCAUCAACAAAGAGCUGCCGAUCGUGACAAUUACAUUCGCAUUGUCUGGAACAAUAUUUUAGAAGAUAAAAAGCAAAAUUUUAACAAGUUUAAAUCUUCAGUUGUUACCGAUUUUGGUGUAGCAUAUGAUUAUGGUAGUGUUUUGCAUUAUGGACCUAAGGCAUUUUCGAAAAAUGGUAAAGAUACCAUCAUUCCUUUGAAGGGUGAAAACACAAAGAUUGGUCAACGACUUGCAUUAAGUGAUGGUGAUAUUAAGAAAUUGAAUAAAAUGUAUAAGUGUUAAGGAUGUUGUAAAAUAUAUAGGAAGUUA